AUGUCAACACUAGUCGCUAGCGAGGAUCAUGGAGCAUUUUCACAAGCUACGAUAGUAGAUUCCGCCAAAUCGUGUCUUGAAUCUUUCCAGCAAUGUCUUAACGAUGCCAGCAAGGCUGAGAAGGUCAUUUUGUCCACUGUCUCAAAACUUUCACUGGUUCGAAUCGAAGAUCAGCUUGCAAGAUUUUCUCUUUGGGCAGCCAAUCUCCGCGUUUUUAGCACCAGCCGAGAUUCCUUGGAUAGUCGAUUACGAGAAGCUCCUGAUGUCAAAAAUGCUAUCAUCGGCCUCUUAGAGGCACUCGAUUACCACGCAAAAACCUGCGCUCGCUUCCUUGUCUGUAUCUCUUCACAGUCAACUAGUAAGCCAGUGGAGGAAUGCUUAGAAGACUUCGACAAUGCACUUGACGAGCUACGAAACGAUAUUACCUUGCUUCACAAGACUUCCAACACUAUUCGCCAGGCAAGUAGAGAAAGUCAAAACAUCAAAGCUGCCGAAGUUUUUCAAAUCAGAGAUGAUGAGGGCAACAAUGCUGAGCCAUUCUUGCGGCACCUAUUCUCUAACUACAUACGCGAUCGAUUUCCUCGAACGACCGAAGAUAUCCGUGAACGGCUUGCGGACACAAUGCUUCUUCGGCGCAAGAGGAUUCUUUACCGCAAAGAACGUUACGGAAAGACCUCAAUUCGACUACCACAAGCCGUGCCCAAGCCCGUCAUAUCGCACCCAAGAACAGAGCCAAUAGAAGAAGUGACCCAGGGACGUGUCAAGCGACGAGCUGUGGAAGCACCCAGCCAGAGCCGCAUACAAUCUAUGACCAGAACUGCAACAACUCUUUCGCCUGAGAAGUUCAAAAAGGCUGCUGCACCUUCUGUUAUUUCAGUGUCUAGGACAGUUGCGCUGAGUAGCACUGAUGAACUCUGCUUUCCUCCUCCACCUACGGCUUCCCUGAUGCGGAAGUACAAUAAAGCGAAAAGAGAGAUUGGAAAACAGGAAGAUUACCUAAAUUACUCAAAGUUGGAUGAUGAAGAGUGUCGACAAAAACUUGAGGAAGCCGCAUUCAAACGAGCAAGGGAGCUGAAUGCGGCUUGGAAUAGUUGCAUCGAGGCAGUGGCGGAAGUUACCUGCCCGUAUUGCUUCCACAUACUUCCUAUUCGCGACGUGAUUAACGAGAACAAGUGGAAGCUUCAUGUUAAGAACGACCUUGACCCAUACAGCUGCCUCUUUGAGAAAUGUGACUCUCCAGAUCAUCUUUACUCCCACAGUAGCACCUGGGUGAAGCAUAUGAAAGAGCAUGCCCUACGAUGGCGCUGCAAGUCGAAAGCCCAUGGAGAGUUCCUGGCCAAUAAUAAGACUGAUUAUGUUGAGCACAUGACGACUAGUCAUCCUGGCAAAUUCACUCCAGCCCAACUUGGCAUCUUGGCUGAUCGCAACGCCCAUACAAACGGUGCAUUAUUCACAUCUUGUCCCCUUUGUGGUAUCGACAAAACGGACAAACCAAUGGAACAUCACAUUGUGGGCCAUAUGCGGCUUUGA